AUGAUUAAUAACGUGAGGUCGGACCUGUUACGGGCGAUGGUGUGCUCUGUUAUUGCAAGCAUAAGGAUUAUGCAUCAAGAUGGAUACCAAGACAUGAACUACACCAACCUCUUUCAUCAUAUCCUCUCCCACGAAUCGCCCAGAAAACUGAGUGUGAAGCGUGUGACACUUAACUUGAAGCCUAAAGCUUCCGCCGUUGUGCUAGGGGAAUAUCCCACCCUCAUCACUUCCGAUCUUAAUGGCCAUUAUCACGGGAAAUACAAGUGCAUUGACGGUCGGGGCCAAGGUUGUGUUGCCAUGACCGCUGCCGCUUACGUUGAAAUCCAGAAACUGGCGAACUUCGUGGUGCUGAUCUCAGAUGAAGACAUUAAAAAGAUUUUCACACAAGCACUCGGAUUCUUGAAAGCAACGACUAGAACGGCAUUAUUAGAACUGCUACAGAUCUACCAUCCCAGAGAUUACAGAGGCUGUGAGAACGAACAGGUGAUGUGCGUGGGGGUUGAGGAUUCAUGGGUGGUUGAAGCGAUCUCUCGUGCCAUUCGCACUCUCAUCAUCGUCGACGGAGGAAACUCACCAACAGCGAAAAGUCGGAUAGAACUCUGGAAGGAGAUGGAACGAAGGGGCCUACUUGUUCACCGCACUCUGCCGAACCCCAAGAUUCUGGAAAGUCUCUCUUUGUACGACUGGAGGGAAUUUUUGAACAAAGAAAGGCACUUCCUGAAGAUUCCAAGGGGAUCCAUGAUAGAGGAACACCAAGAAGGAGAAAAUACUCUUAGAGCAGGUAAUCAGAGAAUAUUUGCAAUGGGAAGAAAUAAAAACCUGCUUCCCGGAUAUUGGGAAAUCCACCCUUCUACUACUCUCUGGGUCAGGGACCAACAUCGCAUAAAUGAUGUGUUUCUAGCCCACACUGAAAAACUCAUCCAUGGCACAUGGAAAAAUAUUCACAUCCUUCAUCUACAUGAGGAGGAACAUGUUACGGCUCCUUUUGGCUGGGAUGAGACACUCCCCGUCCGAAAUGGAUUCCUCAUAGAUGGCACAGCGGGAGCAGCCAUAGACGACUCUCUGUUCCUCGUGGGAGGGAAGAGCAAUUCUGAGGAAGUUCUCCAACUCAACCUCGAAACAGAGAAAUGGUGCGAGCUCCCGAAUAUGAAAGAAAAGAGAACAAGGGCGGCUUUAGUGAUGAAGGACCCUCACACCAUCCUAGUCUUGGGAGGUCAAGACCCUCAAACGAGGAACUACCUCUCCAGCUGCGAAUGCUUAGACAUAAGAAUGUUGAAGCCAUUAAAAUUUCCCGACCUCCCAUAUUCUCUCUCAGAUCAUGCAGUCACCGUGUCCCACCAAUACAUAUAUAUUUCGGGAGGAUGGGAUGGGCAGCAAUCGCUCGGGCAGGUACACAGGAUGAAGGUGAACGAAGUAGGACCCUGGGAAACACUCCCCUCCUUCAAGAUUGCGAGGUUUAAUCAUGGCAUGGUGGAAGAUAGCGCAGGAAAACUCUUGGCUAUUGGCGGGAGAUAUAAAAGGCCAGAGCAGAGAGAUUCCAUCUAUGUCCAAGAGACGGAGAAGUUUACCGAGGAUGGAUGGAAAAGUGAUGGUGAACUGCCCCUCAUUAGAGUUCGCCUGGACUGCCAGAACUGCCAAACCAUCAGAAGUCAACUCAAUCCUCUUGAAUGGUUCAAUGGAGUGGAAUUCCAAAGGUUUCCUCUUUCCGUCGCCGACUUGGUACGGAAAAUGGAGCAUCAGCUUGCACGCUACUCAUUGUCCUUGCAAGGGCUCCCAAACCGCCUUUAA